UCCCGGCGGCGCGGGCGGCAUGAAGACGAGCCGCCGCGGCCGAGCGCUCCUGGCCGUGGCCCUGAACCUGCUGGCGCUGCUCUUCGCCACCACCGCCUUCCUCACCACGCACUGGUGCCAGGGCACGCAGCGGGUGCCCAAGCCGGGCUGCGGCCAGGGCGGGAGCGCCAACUGCCCCAACUCGGGCGCCAACGCCACGGCCAACGGCACCGCCGCCCCCGCCGUCCCCGCCGCCCCCGCCGCCGGGAACGGCCCCCCUGGCGGCGCGCUCUACAGCUGGGAGACUGGAGACGACCGCUUCCUCUUCAGGAAUUUCCACACCGGCAUCUGGUACUCGUGCGAGGAGGAGCUCGGCGGGCUCGGUGAAAAAUGCCGCAGCUUCAUUGACCUGGCCCCGGCUUCAGAGAAAGGGGUCCUGUGGCUGUCGGUGGUCUCCGAGGUACUCUACAUCCUCCUGCUGGUGGUUGGCUUCAGCCUCAUGUGUCUUGAGCUCUUCCACUCCAGCAAUGUCAUCGACGGGCUCAAGCUCAAUGCUUUCGCGGCUGUCUUCACGGUGCUCUCAGGCCUCCUGGGAAUGGUAGCCCACAUGAUGUACACGCAGGUGUUCCAGGUCACCGUGAGCCUCGGCCCUGAAGACUGGAGACCCCAUUCCUGGGACUACGGGUGGUCCUUCUGCCUGGCGUGGGGCUCGUUCACCUGCUGCAUGGCAGCCUCUGUCACCACACUCAACUCCUACACCAAGACGGUCAUUGAGUUCCGGCACAAGCGCAAGGUCUUUGAGCAGGGCUACCGGGAGGAGCCGACCUUCAUAGACCCUGAGGCCAUCAAGUACUUCCGGGAGAGGAUGGAGAAGGGGGACGGGCACGAGGAGGAGGACUUUCGCUUGGAUUGCCGCCACGAGAGAUACCCCGCCCGACACCAGCCACACGUGGGAGAUUCCUGGCCCCGGAGCUCUGCACACGAGGCAGCAGAGCUGAACCGCCAGUGCUGGGUCCUGGGGCACUGGGUGUGACCGUGAAGAGCCUGGUUCCAGACCUCGGGCCAUCAUCAGCACCAGCCCCCUGCCGCAGGAUCACUGGUCUGGCACCUUUGGAACCUGGCCUGUGUGCUGUGAACUCAGCCAGCCUGUGUGGGAGACACAUGGGCUGCCCUGCCCACAGCUGCCUGGGGCUCAGCGUCCUGGAAUUGGGGCCAGGGCGCCUGAGGGGCUGCACAGGGCUGCGCAGUGCGACUUGGGGACAGCCACUCCUGCCUCCUGCCUCCGUCGUGUGCAGAGCCCUGCUGAGUGCAGCUGGGAUGCUGAGAAGGACACGGACCGUGGCCGCUAAAAGGCUGGGACCCAUGAGCCAGCCAGGAGGUCUCGGAGGUCCCCUGCAGGGGACAGGGAAUGAAUGGGGCUUCCUGAAAGAGGAGCUGUGGCCUUGGCCCCGCAGCGGGGGAGGGUCCCACUGCAGGCACACAGCAGGGACUCAAUAAAUGCUUGUUGGAUCUCUUUUCUUGCUGUGUGUGGAGGCCAGUUGCUCUCUGGGCUGUGGCUGCCCCUUCGUGGCCCCACCCUAUCAGGUCUCUAAGGAGCCUGAAGAUGAGACAGCCCUGAGUGUGCUGGUCAGGGUUAG